CGUGUAAUAAUCUGCCUAUGAAAAGGCGUCUCCCAGCGUAUCGCACGAGGGGGAGCCGGUAUACGCGCCUGUAGAUAUACACAUUGUGAAACUUGCCUGGUACAAAAACAUCGUAGCUCUCGCAGAACCGACUCACUUUGUAACAGCGUUCCGUGCCUCUUCGAUAUUUAACGACGACGAACAUGGGCAGCUCCAAGCCGGUGAUCAAGUAUACCAAGUUGUUUAUCAACAACGAAUUUGUAGAUUCCGUUAGUGGAAAAAAGUUCCCGGCUGUUAAUCCAGCGACCGAGGCUGUUAUCGCUAAUGUAUCCGAAGGAGACAAGGCCGACGUCGACAAAGCCGUUGCAGCAGCCAGGAAAGCUUUCUCACGAAAAUCAGCAUGGCGCACUAUGGACGCGUCUGCGCGAGGAGAGCUAAUGCUCAAACUUGCAGACUUGAUGCAUCGCGACAUCGAGUAUCUGGCGAGUGUCGAGGCACUAAACAAUGGAAAAACUUACGUCAGCGCUCAAGGUGAUAUCCAAGCGAGUAUCCAGUGCAUUCGUUACUAUGCCGGCUGGUGCGAUAAGAUUCAAGGGUCAACAAUUCCAGCAGACAAUGGAUUCUUCUCAAUGACGAAAAAGGAACCAGUUGGUGUUGUCGGACAAAUCAUCCCCUGGAAUUACCCGAUUCUGAUGGCUGCAUGGAAAUGGGGACCAGCUCUCGCAACUGGUUGUACAAUCGUUCUGAAGCCAGCGGAACAAACACCUUUAACUGCACUACACUUGGCUGCUUUGGCCAAGGAAGCUGGUUUUCCUCCUGGUGUUAUUAACGUAGUUAAUGGAUUUGGCCCGACUGCUGGUGCAGCUAUUGCUGAACAUCCUGAUAUCAACAAGGUUGCUUUUACUGGAUCGACCGAAGUCGGUCAUCUCAUCAUGCAAGCUGCUGGAAAGUCUAACUUGAAACGUAUCAGUCUAGAGCUCGGUGGCAAAAGCCCUCUUAUAGUCCUUGACGAUGCAGACCUGAAAAUGGCAGCUGACGUUGCCCACCAUGCGAUUUUUGAUAAUCAUGGACAGAGUUGCUGCGCUGGUUCGCGCACUUUUGUCCACGCUAAGGUCUACGACGAAUUUGUAAAGAAUGCCAAACAGUUGGCUGAAAACAGAAAGGUUGGUGAUCCAUUUGACAAAAACACCGACCAAGGACCACAGAUUGAUUCGGAAAUGUUCAAAAAAGUACUUGGACUCAUUGAGUCUGGAAAGAAAGAAGGAGCCACUGUAGUUACUGGUGGUGGUCGUGCUGGUACUGUUGGCUACUUUGUCCAGCCGACUGUCUUUGCUAACGUGGAAGAUAAUAUGAGAAUCGCGAAAGAAGAAAUUUUCGGACCUGUACAGUCUAUUUUUAAAUUCAAUAAUUUGGAAGAAGCCAUUGAGAGAGCAAAUAAAACUAAUUAUGGCCUUGCAGCUGGUAUUAUCACUAAAGAUAUUGAUAAGGCUAUGACCUUUGCUAAUUCUGUAGAUGCUGGGAGUGUUUGGAUCAAUGGAUAUGAUUUGCUCACUGCUCACACACCUUUUGGCGGAUUCAAGCAAUCUGGCAUUGGCCGUGAAUUGGGUGAAGAAGGUUUGCAUGAAUACCUUGAGAUAAAGACCAUAACGAUGCGAGUGUUAUCAUAAAAUAUUUUUUUAUCAGAAUCAGCAAACAAGAUAAUAUUGAAACCAGAAAAUGUUUUGUAAGACUUUGUAUCAAUUUUAAUAUGUUGUGUAAAUGGAAUAAGCAUAUUAUAUAUUUAUAAAAGAAAGUAAAAAUAGUAGUUUUCAUAAAUUCCA